AUGGACGCCAAGCGUUUCACUACCUUCUCUGCCGGGCCUGGCGCAUGCGGCUUUGUGAAGCAGUGGUACUACAUGCACAACCAUCCUUGGGAAUUCCGGAAAGCAUGCGACGAAGGCAUGAUGAAGUUGCUGCCAGUGCACAAGAAGAGCGAGACACAGCCGGACCAGCCCGUGUACAUGACCAACGUUCAGUACGAAAUGUGGGCUGGCGGCGUUUUUGGAAGCUACUUCCCGAAUGCGGCGCGAGCCUUCGGCGACGAAGCGUCUUACAAGUACUCUCUGAUCCACACCAUGCACCCAGUGCACAAGUUCUACGAGUACUGCAAGGCAGAUUGGGACCGGUACCAGAAGAUGUUCCAGGAGAACUGCAAGGGCUGCGCGGACAAGAACGUGCCGUACCCCUACACCCUGGAUCACGUCAAGAGCUGGUUCGACGAGUACAACACGAAGUUGAACUGCGCGACGAGCAUGGAGGGCCCUGACGAGAAGUUCCGAAAGAGCACCAUCGAAGUGUUCCGAAAGAGCGAUGUGGCUCUCCAGCGCGAGCUCAUCCCCAACCUAGUGAAGGAGUUCAAGCUGGUCAAGAACGUGAAGGACGGAGAAGAUCCGUUCACCCAAGUUGUGGCCAACAAGGUCUAUGAGUUGAAGAAGCCGCUGACGUCUUCGAACUCCGAGUCUUGCAUGAACUUCGACGACCAGCAGACGAAUCUGUGGAAGGACCUGGUUUCCGAUGGCUUCACUUGCCACAUCGAAGACGUGCCCUGCACAUCUGCAGGGGCUUUCCUGGACGGGUCGGCGUGGGCAAAGAUCGUUGGACUUUUGGACAAGCUCAAAGCCGAGUGA